AUGAAUAGAUAUACCAUACUUACAAUAAGUAUAAUAAGUUGUGUCCUUAUUCUGUUAACCUUUGUUAGUCUUGAGUAGACUCCAAGUUUCCUCACAUAUAGACCUAAAGAAUACGAUGUGACGUAUUAAUUUCAAACAUUUUAUUAGUCUUAUAACUCAGGUUGACAAUUGUGAUUAAACUAUGUUCCUUGAAGUAUUAAUUACAACUUAUCUCAGGGUCUUUGUUAAGGUGGAAAUUGGGCUCAUAUUUUCACUUAAACUCUCUAUCUUACUAAUUGUCUAAGAUCGUCAUCCAAGUAACCUCGUCUUUCAGCAGAAGAAUUAUUACAAUGUACUAAAUGGGAUGAGGAUAAAUGUUCAUCAACACCUAAAUCAAUCAAUAUUGUUAAUAAUAUCAAGAAGUAUUUUCAAAAAUGAAAUUAGUUUCUUAAUUGACAAUGGUCUUACAACUAAUAAAUGUCUUUCAUAUAAACAGACUGUAAAUUUUAACUUAAAAAACAAAUGUCCUAUCAGAUGUGAUGAUUUAAGUUUCAAAAAACCAGAAUUAAGAGCAAAAGAUCUAUUAGAACUUUCAUCCACUUAAGAUAUACAAGAUCAUAUCAUAAAUAAAGGUCCUGUAGUAUUGGCAUUAAAAUGUUUUAAUCUUAUAAUUUUAUAUUAGAUGGCUCAAGCUUGAAUGAAUACUCAAGUGGACUUUAUACAAUAAAAAAUGAUGAUUAAAAUUUUGGCAUAAGAUUUCUUAUGAUUGUAGGUUGGCAUACUGAGAUUGAUGGUAAAAUCACAUGGAAAUCUUUGAAUUCUUUUGGUAAUUAGUAUGGAAUUGAUGGAAGAGUCAAUAUUGGAGAGAAGAAUGAUUAUAUAUUGGGAUACUUUGGCUUUGAUGUCUGAAUU